AUGGCAAACACAACAGGAGGUGCGCUCUUGGCUUUGCUAUUCAUCCUCAGUGCCAGUGUGCCAUGUCUUUCUGUGUAUAACAGCGGAGAGUGUUUCUUUAACACCAAAGGCAGCUGUGAACACAUGGGUGAAGUAUAUGGGAUAGGAGAAAGCUGGAUAACCAGUGAUUGUUACCAAUGUGUCUGCAUGGAGCCUUUCGGAGUAGGAUGCUGUGACCAUGAAUCUAAACCGGUGGACUAUCCAGACUGGUGCGAGGUUAUCCGUAAGCCAGACUCUUGUGCUAGCGUAGCAGUGAUGAGAGCCAAUCAUAAGCUACCCUGCCUCUGGGGACGAGGCCGCCUGAGACCAGCUGCACGCCAGCCGUGGAAAUCUGACAAUGAUCCUUUAUUUUAA